CUACUUACUUUUUGUAUAUGUUGAGAGAGUGGACUGACUGGCUGGCCUGAGAAAGAGGGAAAAUGGACAUGAAACAAUACAGUAGGAAAGGCAAGAAGCCGAAAAUAUGUAAUGAUUCUUCAGCCGAUAUUUCCGUUACUGCAGAUCAAAUUUCUAAACUGCAGCCUGUUAGUCCAGAAAAGGUUUUGCUCCAAAAUGAAAAUCUGAAGGAAGAAGAAACCCUUGAUGAUGUUUUGGUUACACAAUCUUCCCCUAGUGUUCCUUGCUCUUCAAGACUAAAGAGGAGAAUUAAUCGCACGAGUGCAGCAAUAACACACACAAAUGCAGGCUUCCAUGAGAUUGGAAUUGUGGAAGAUGCUUCCAGUCAACAACUUGUUUCAACAUCCUCAACAGUACCACAAAAGAGCGAGUGCAAGGAAAAGGAAGAAGACAUGGCGGACGAUAUUAUCUGUUUAGGCAGUGAACAACAAUUGGCAAGAAGAUUCAGACGCACCAAGGUGAUUACCCAGGGAAAGCUAGACACUGAGACGUUUGAAUGCUAUUUCGCGAACUUAUGGGGGAAAUUCACAGUAGAAAAGACAGAUUCAUUCGCAUAUCUUGAUUGCUUAUGGUUCUCCUCGUACAUGGAAGGAUACGAAGAAAGUGUUCUGAGUUGGAUUAAGAAGAAGAAGAUUUUUUCAAAAAGAUACGUCAUCAUUCCUAUCAUUCUUUGGGGUCAUUGGAAUCUCUUGAUCUUAUGUCACCUUGAUGUACGUAUAACAUGUAAAAUUAGAACUCCCUGCAUGCUGUUAUUGGACUCACUGCAAACAAACAACCCCAGAAGGCUUGAGCCUGGCAUAAGAAAGUUUGUACUAGACUUGUACAAUAUGGAGAAAAGGUCAAGAACCAAAAAGCAGAUUUCUCAGAUCCCUCUCUUAGUUCCAAAGGUUCCACAACAAAAAAAUGGAAAGGAUUGCGGCAAAUAUGUUCUCUACUACAUAAACCUGUUCUUAGAGAAUGCUCCUGAAAAUUUCAGCGUAUCCAAGGGGUAUCCUUAUUUUUUGAAAGAAGAUUGGUUUCCUGAUGAAGCUGUUGAACACUUCUGUGAAGGACUGGUAUCCUCUCCCAGUGUUCCUUCUACUGCAAUUAAUUUGGAUGUAGUUGGAGAAUAGAAGAAAAGUAGAGAAAAAGAUAGAGCAUAUAAUAAUAAUAAUAAUAACAUGUAACAAUGAUUUGGGAAAUCUGGGAAGACGUAGUUGACUAGUUCAUACUUUUAGAGAAAUUCAGACGAACGAAAGAAAACUGGAGUAUUUCAAAAAAAUAGAUUCAAAACGUUUUAGCCAGUUUUUGUUUGUUGUAAUUCUAUUUGUUGUUUGUAAUUUCGCUUGUUGUUUGUAAUUUCGCUUUGUUGUUCGUUUCUUUAGA